CCUCGAGUUACACUUCACAGCCUGUGACUUGGAGAACAAGAUCAUAAUGCAUGUCCGCUGAAUUCAAUGUCUGGGUGGGUCGAGCAGUACCUCGACGCUUUACGAGCAAGAGACGAGAAGGAAAAGGCAGCCAUUGAUGUAUACAGACAAUGUACCAAGUUGCAGGACCAAUGGGCUCAAGCACAACAAACACAGCGCAGGAGGGUAGCAGAAGAUAUACCGCAGCAAGCCAACCCCCCACCGCCAUCGAUCAUGGGUAGAGGUUUAAGACGGGUGACCUCACCACCGCUUCCAACAGCAUCAGAGUCUGCCAACCUGGCUCAAUUGCGACAAGAUCUCGCCAAAUCUCAACAAGAAAGAGGGGAGAUGAGCACCAAGCUGGAGGUCGCUCUGCGCGAAUUGGACACUCUGAGAGGCAAGGCCAGAGUUGACGUCAAGCGGAUCAAUCAGCUCAACACCCAAGUGACUCAAUUGGCGGUCAAGUUGAAAGACCGAGAGGAAGAGUUACGGGGCAAAGCCAAGUUGAUUGAGAAUGUUCAAGACGAGAAUGUGACUCUCAACCUUCAGCUCAAUAUGGCGGAUGAGCAGGCGGAGAAACUCAAGUCAGAGAACAAGGAACUCGUUGACCGAUGGAUGGCUAGAAUGGGCAAGGAAGCUGAUCAGAUGAACGAACAGCAUAAGUUUGGCUGAGACGAUGUGUGUUGUGGAGGUAUCUUCUACCUAGGUUGCUACAACUACUACGAAUAGGCGUUUCAGCAAUGCAGCGACGACUGAAGGGAGUCAUGAACAGCACGGGGGUAUUCUCGAAAAUCAGACACGGAUCAGGAACGGGUGAUGAAAGCAAUAGAGAAUCAUUACUUAGUAUCGGGUUGUCAUAGAGGUGAAAGCGCUGUCUCAAAUGACUCCAGGUAUUCUAAGGAUGCCGAUGGGUGGGUAUAGACAUCUUACCGUGGACUGAAGAUGA